GCUGGUGUGUGAGGGUGUGAUUGGACGGGAGGUUCAAGGAGGGUGUUUAGAGGUGAGGUGGAAGGAAUGGAGGAGGAAACUUUCUGUGCAGGACAGGAGGCAACUGAGGUGAGAAACCACAGGUCAGAUCGUGAGACACGAGCGGGAAAGAGUGCGGAGCUUGUGAUCCUCCGUCGAGUAAGCGACGCAGCUUCGUAUUUGCUGUUGGAAAUUCAAAAGCGUUCCGCCUCCACAUGCGUUCGCAUCAGUUCAUCGUGUUGUUUGGGAUCGAGCCUUUGUCAGGGGAUGCAGACCGCCCUCGUCUCUGCGGCCAAAAAGCGUUUGCUGUUCCACAUUCAUAUUUUUUCCUCUAUUCGUUUUCGGCUUUUUAAAGAGUGUCACAGAGGCCACAGCAGAGAGGUCUAUUAGUGGAGAAGGUACUACCAAUACCCAGAACAGCGAAACAAGCAACUUAAGUAGGCAGUCAUUAGCAGUUUUUGUGGACAUUCGAGCGCCACUGUUUUUAAGAAUGCACUUCGUCUCAGAAAAGAGUUGCAGUCUCGUUUGCUGUUUCGAGAAACCUGGUUCGAAGGGACACACUGUUCGUAGACUAGCAGCCACUAACGGGGGCUGGUCGCUUUCCGUUUGUGGACUCUGUCAAGGGGAGAUUCUGCGUUGUCGCUUUCGUGACUGGUGCGUUGUCAGUGCAUUUUGGGAACGAUGUUUCCUUACUAACGAAGGCGUUUCCUCAGCGGCGCGCGGUGGGGGUCCCAGCGUCGGCAGUGUUCAUGAAAGUGGCGUCAGUGAAUGCUUGAAUCGCAGUGCUCCCCGCGGCAGUGCCACCGAACGCCUGUUGGCUCUGCGGUCGACGGAGACUUGAAGAGAGACAAGUGCAUUAUGCGUGCUCUUCUCCGGAGAAUCACCGCCCAGAGUGGCUGCCCUGAACACAAAAGGGGUUGUGGACGGGCAGCUACAGUGACAUCAGGUGUAUGUACACCCGCCGUUGGCAGCGACGGACUCGUGGCUUUUUUUUCGUCUUUUUGACAUGCCAGUCGAGUCACAGUAGACAUAACAGGGAGCAAGUGGAGACAGAUUUCCCGUUGCGUCUUUGUCGUUCUCAAUUCGCGUACUGGAGCUUGGCCGAAGUUCUGUCAUUCUGCAGAGUGUCUGAGCAGAUGUUGUGGUUUGUUGGAAAUCUCCCCCUCGCGUCAGUCCGUUGCCCUGCCGCUUGGCGUUCCCCGAUUCUCCCGUUUCCCUUUUUCCCCCACUGCCACUCUCUGUUACAAUGCAGAGAGACCAUCGCUAUUUGCCGGGUCGACUUCGAUGUCGAGGGUUCACUCUUCGCGGUUCUCGGUCGCGUGAUCCUGACUUUUUUUAGUACACGGAAAAGCAUUCUUCUCUCGAACCGUCGCGGUAGCGACAAGACAAAUGCGACACAGGAUCCAGCGGCGGCAUGGUCUGAUGCUGCAGUUCACAUCAUCGGAACAUCUUGAAUAUCUUUAGAAUUUCCGAUUUCAGUAUCUUCUGUAAAGUCGUGUGACAAAGGAUUUCUACAGACCUUCUAGUUCAGCAAGCGUUGGAUAAACCGGUGCCAGGAUCCACUGUUUUUGAGCGCUCUUCGUGCCAGUCCAUCACCAGGCGAAAUUUCUCGGCCACAAUGCAUACGCGCUCGAUUUUAGUUGUCACUUUCCCAGUGGUUUUUCGUUCAUAGACAUCCAGUAAACUGGCUCACUGCAACACAUACGUAUCUGCUUCACAUUCAUUUUCGAAGGAUAUUAUGUAGGGUCGGUUCUUGUAAAUGUGUGUGUGGACACGUCUGAGUAGCGUGACGGGCACUGGUACAAACCGUGACUGGAUCCACAAGGUAGCGAACAUUCAGAAAGUACUCUCUGGAAGGAGCAGUCGGUUGACAACUGACAUGUUCGUUCUAAUAAUAACGUAACGCAAGAACGCAUCAGCCGUGCAAACGGAAAGAAAGGGCCACACACUGAGUGACCCUAGGAAGGUUAGCAUGUCUGCUUGUCCAUAAAGCUAGCACCACGUGUAUACGGCUAUGUUUAUCAAGAAAGAAAACUCAAAACCAGCGACGAGAUAUCAGAGGGUAUUGUGCGCAGAAAACGACGUUUUCGUGUGAUUCUCAUUACGCAGUGAGCUGAAGAGAUACAAGGCACGUGGCACGCAUGACUCGCUUUACUUAAACGGCAAAAAGACAUCACGAGUUCAGAUUGGUUGGUACACAGUAUCGCACCUAGGACCAAUUAACUCAGUGAAAUGGUCCAGGGUCGAUGAAUGCUGCGUAGCACGCCUGUGGUCGCCACCAUGGCUGGAUCGGCUUGCUCAUAUUUUGAACAACACACUGAGGCAUUAAAAAAAGCGAUAAACCUAUGCGGAUGUGGAGUGCCUAGGACAUUGAGCGUGAUUGGAGUUACGAGUGACAGCCGAGAUCUUUCAUGAGAGUGUUCCACAUUAUCACACUGGACUGCGUUACACAUUUUCGCCGCGCGGGGUCCGCGGAUGCAGCCGCUGCUCCAGAUGCAUUCAUCUCGUACCGACAGAUAGGCCGUUACAUGCAUGAGCCCAUCGUUAUAUUUUAUGGUCUUGCGUUCUCGCAUUGGUGUAAUUCUUGAAUCAACUUGAAUGAACAGACGCAUUAUGGAACCUUGGACCCCGAAUAUGGCUUCAGUUUAAGUAGCCUGAGCUCAGGCGGGAUUUUCUUGUCUACAAGCGAAAGGCGGCACUGCAAAGCAUCCGUGGAAACACGUGGAGAGCUCAUAAGCUUCGGAGAGUUCUCCAUAUUCUCUCGGGCAAAUUGUACUGUGCUCUUCCAGGUAAAAACCUGGCAUUCUUGUUUGCGUGAAACACGUGGGGUUUCUCACACCAGCCGUUUCCUGCACGAGGCUUCGCGUUCCGAUCAAGCGCAUCACUUUGCCAGCUCAGUUCCCCCAUGAAACAGUAGCAGACGAUAGAUAUUUAGACCCUGGCGUGACUAACCAAAGCCAGACAUCAAUCCGUAAUGAUAACGAUCUUCCGUUUUGUGCCCACCUAGCUACGCUCACCAUGUCAGUUACCGUAGUGUUGUCGCACGCUGCGUGUUGACCAGAGAUACUGCAGGAACACACUGCGCCAGUUCCACCGGUCCAUAAACGGCUUACUCCACAACAAGUCCUCAGACUUUCCCGUCCACUCUUUCACAACAUCUGAACUGGCAAAUUCCGCCGAGGGGGGUCCACGAUACACGUGCAGAUCUACGUGGAUGUCUCUACGGCUUGAACCACACCCAGGUUUGCAAGAAACGCGGAUCAAAUGCCGUGGAGGAAGCAAAUCCACGAAAGGAAGCAAGGUAAAGUCAGAGCGGCGGUGUUUAAACCUUUUUUCACAGGCUUCUUCCGUCGUUUGCCUACAUACUCUUUACUCGUACAGAGGGCUGGAGAAAAGAUGGCGGGGUGUCCAUGAACCUCGAGACCAGCAGAGUCAGCGGGGAAAUGCGGCUUUCUCAAAAAGACGUCGCUGGAACGAGGACUCUGCGACGCAUUCUGCAGGCGUUUGGGCUGGAAUCACAAGGGAAAAUUGAUGGACACUGAGCUUUCUCGCGGUAAUGUAUGCGUGUGUGUCUCGGCCGUAAAGCACAGUGCGCACCAGCGCCAUGUCGCCGGGCACUGCAGCGAUCGCGGUGUACGUACACCGGAGAACCCUCCAGUUCCGUGGCGCCGUUCCUCCGCUUGUUUGCAGUCCAGUUGUCUGCCUUCUUUUCUGGAGACAGGACAAGUUUCCCUGGAGAAGAUCUCGUUUUUCGAGCCCUUUUUCGUCCUCGGUUCGAGUCAGGCUACAGUGUUGUCUGUGGCUUCCACCGCCCUCGUGGAGAAAGAGGGAGGUGCCCCGAUUGGCGGCGGUCCCCUGGGUACCUUCCAGCGGUCGUUUUUAAAUUGCAUGCGGAACUCGUCUGGACUGAGGAGUACCGGAGCCUCGAACGAUUGUCGCAAAUCGUCUUCCGUACUUUGUAUUCGUUUCUCUUUCUCCCCACAUCCGCGACGGGGAACUUCUUUGUCUCUACACUGCGGUGGACGAGACUGCCGGAAUUCCGCCGCGCGCUGGCAUUCGUUGUGGCACUCGCCUGUCUAUACACGCCACUUUUCUCGCCUUCUGCCAGGAGCCUCGUGACUUUUCCGCGCCUCCUUCUCUUUGUUUCUACAGGCAAUCCGGCGCCCUCGCUUCCUUUAUCUCGUCUCCAGCUGUGCAUCGCCUCUGCGUCAGAGACUUUGCCUUCUCUGUCUCCAACGCGCACUGUCGCCGCUCCCCCCAAGAAAAGUUGUUUAGUUCCCGAUAGAUGUGUAUUUCUCCCCUUUCUCUGUCUUACGCAGUCCUGCUCUGCGGAUUUCGCACCGCGUCUCUCCGCUGGAGUCUUCCUCUGCAAUUCUCGCUCCGCGCGUUCCCCUCAUCCGGCCGUGUGCCCGAGCUGUUGCGGUGUAGGUCUUUCUCUCGCCUCUACAUGAAGAGACAAGGCAAGCAGUCGAAUGCGGUUGGUUUCCGAGCCGUUCUUUUUCACUGGCCUGUCUUGACAGAGAAUCCGUUCGUCUCCCCGCGUCGACCUUAACACAGUCGGGGAAAACGCAGAACAAACGGGCGUCGUGCAGGUGUCUACGGUGGGGCUCUCGGUCGGCUGGAGUAUGGUUUUUGUGUGUCUCGAAAGCCGUUUCCUUUCGAAUUCCGAACCCUCGAGAAACGCGGGUGUGCGCCAGUGCUCAUGCAGAGACAUUGCAGGGACGCCGGCGAGCACCCAUAAGCGUCCUUUUUCCGCCUCUCCUUCUGUGCGUCUCUCCUGUCAUCUCACAGUCGAACCGGUUUAGGUGUCGAAGGCCUUUGCUUUCCGGAUCUAAGUUUUCGUUUUUAGCAUGGUUUCGCGAACUCUCUGCAUAUGUUUGGGUCUCUGCCGGGCUUCUCGUGCAUGCGCGGCUGUCACGUGCUGAGGUCGAGGUUGGCUAGCAAGUCGAACGAGAGAGGGCGACAGGUGAGGGCUUCUCUCGCCUUUCUGUGGCGACGCUUGUUUCAUUGAUUGCCUACGGAUUCGACUUGAUCCUGCUUCGGGAUCUCUCUCCGUGUCCGCUGAAAGAAAGUCGAGUUCCCGCUGCUCUCUCGCCACACAUGGACGGGGCCCUGGCGCCCACCUCCUGCGAUAGGAGGGGGCCGCUGCCUUCUGCGGGGUGUGUCUCGCGUCCCUCUUGUUGAUCUCGUGAUUCAGUUUUUGUGUUUCUCUCCUCGAGUCUCUGUAUCUCCCCGUCAACUCGACGUUCUCUUCGCGCCUCGUCUCUUUCCGGCGCGCGGUCCUUCGUGGCUGGCCUCGCUCUGCGCGUGCUCUCGCCGCUCCGCCCUCGACUUCUUCUUUUUCUUCCUCGUCUUCUUCUCUCCGGGCUUCGCUCUCCUCAAAAUGGAUCGUGAGCAGUUCCUGGAGAGUCUGGAGAAGUACCACCUCGAGCGCGGGCACCCGUACGUGCCUGGUCGGCUCUUGGGGCAAAAGGUGGAUCUCUACGAAAUGUUCAUGACGGCGAUGAAGCAGGGAGGCUUCCCGAGAAUCAACAAAAAUAACAAGUGGGGAUAUCUCGCCAAGCAUCUCCGCCUCGUCCCCAAAGACAAACCACCCUCUGCGCAGGAUCUCGAGCAGGUUAAACGCUACUACGUAAAAUGGAUUCGACACUUCGAGGGCGAACGCGUGCCGCAGCAUAUCAAGAAGGAUUUGAUUCCUCCAGGAAUGGAGCUGCCUUGCAAGCGCAGCAGCUCCUCUUCCGCGCAAGCAGGUGUCUCUUCAGGGGCAAGGCCUGCGGGCGGGGCUCUUGGCGCCGGACCUGCGGGACUUUCUCCCAACGCCAGUCUUCUCUUCGAUCCGCAAAAUCCUCUCGCCGCCUUUUCCUCGACUCCCCCAAACUUCUUCCCGACGCUUGGGUUCGGCCCCAACGGGGUUCUGGCCGCCAGUCCCUACUUUGGUCUCGCAAGCGGCGGCCCCGCCGCGGCUUCGGGCACGGACUCGCCGCUAGUUGGGCUCCAACUAGCCUCGGCUCACGACGAGCAACUCCUGGGGUUGGGCGGCGCGGGGCCCAGAACAAGAAACGAACGGAGACUCGCGCAACAAUUCGGCGCCGCCUCUGGAUCCGCAGGCGCCGCGGGACUCGGCCCCGGCGGCGGAGUGUUGGAAAUGAAUCGAAAAAGAAGCAAGCUUUUCCUCAAGUACUCUCCCGAGGCUGUGGCGGAGCGGCGGUGGAAACGGAGAAGGCGCGAGGCGCUGAUGGCGCGCGGCAUCCUUCCUCCCGCAGUCGAUGUCUUUCGGCUGCAGCAAUGCCUGGAGGAAAGACGCUUUGCACCUGCAGACUUCAUCUUCGCGCUAAAUAUUCUCUACCGCCUCUCAAGUCCGGAUCGCGGCAUCUCUAUUCAACAGCAUCCCGGUCUCGUCGACCAGCUCAGCGGGAUUCUAACGGAAGCAGCUUUGUCUGCUCGUCGCUCUCUUCUUCGUCGUCUCCAGCCCUCUGUUUCGCCAGACUGGCCAGCGUUUUUUUUGUCGAUUUUCGAUGCGGAAUUGCCGCCAGCCUCUCGUGUGGCGCUUCUGCAUGACCCGCUGCGGCCGGCGGACCUCCUCCCGCCUCUCCCCUUCUCUUCCUCUGGGGCGUCCGCCGCUACCGUCUCUGAGGACGAGGCCAGUCUCCACAUUGUCUCUUUGGUCGCGGCGACUUUGAGCAACAUCUUGUUUGAGGCAGGGAACGUGAACUUCUUGGCGGGCGUCUCUCGCCAGUGUCUCCUUGACGCCUCCGUAGCGGCUGGGCUCCAAGUCGCGCGGGAGGGCGACAGAGACAGAGUCUCCGAGCCUGCGUCCGGAAGCGCCUCUUCCUUCUGGGAGGAAGUCUUCGCCGCGGCGCGAGGCGCUUCUCUUCUCCGCACCGGAGGCCCCAUCGUCCACGCUGCCUCCGGUGGCCGAUUCAGUGGAGUUUCUGGAGGCUCCAAGAGCCUUUCGACCGCGGUUGCGUCUCCGACUGCCGGGUGCCUGGGGGCGGCCGUCGGGGAGACGACCGUCGCGGACGGCCUCCUGGUGGCUGAGGGAGGAGGCAACAGACACGCAGAAGAAGAGAGGAGACUAGCGGUCCUGCGGGAGGACGAGCGGCGAACAAGGAACGAGGUGAAUGCGGAGUUUGCAGACGAAGAAGAAGAAUGCAGCGAAACAGAGGCCGUCGAGCUGGAGGAAGAAAUUCUUCUGGGACUGUCGGAGAAGUCCGACAUCGCGUUCACGCGUCAGUGCCGCAUGUUUCGGCGACCUCCGUCCUCGUCCGGGAGCAGCGAGGCGUCGAGCCUCACUGGCGGACUUCUCUUGGGCGCCUUCUCGUCUCCGGGCUCCGCGGGUGCCGGUGUCUCCUCUUCGGGCGCCUUGGGCUCCAACGGCUUUCUGUCUCUGUCGAGCGGCGGCGGCCUGGGCGCGAGCGGAGACGGAGCGGGGCCCUCCGGCGGGCGGACUCGAGAGCAGGAGCGACUGGCGGCGCGCGUGAGGGAAAGGACUCUGAAAGGUUUAGCGUCGGCGCUCCUGUCCGCUCUGGACUGCUGUGCCAUCGCCGCGUACGAGGGCGAACGUCGCAUUUCUACAGUGUGUACAGAGAGCGCGAUGCGGAUGCUCGACGCCUUCCUGGUACGGGAGAGGAAGCAGAGGCAGACGCAACUCUCGAAGGCCGUCGACGCAGCCUCGCCCGUGGUCUCUGGCGAGCUCGGAGCAGGAAAGCGAGCAGGCGACGGCGAGAAAGAAGUGGAGGCAGCGGUUGCCGAGAAAGGCGAAGAGGUGGAAGUGUCUGCGGAGAAGAAGGUGGGUGAAGAGAGCGCGAUGAAGGAGGUCAGUUGGUCGCCUCGACACAGAAGCCAGGGCUCGGACGCUCCCUGUCUCCUUCUGUCGAAUGCGAAGAAAGCAGUGGGAGCCCUCGCAGACGCUCUUGCGGCGGUGGGGGACGACGAAGCGAGAGAAGAAGGGAAGGAGCUCAGAGAGCAGCAGGUCUGUCGCCUUCUGGUAGCCGCCGCCCACGGCGACGUCGCGCAGCUUCUCCAGCUGCUGAUUCAAGAACAAGCGAGUGGGGUCGCGCGUGAGGAAAGCAACGCCGCCUCCUUUCUUGCCGAGUGCAAGCGUCAAGAGACACGCGAACUGGAGGCGCCGGCCUUCGGCCUUCUGGCCGGCUACGGCGCGGCGAGGAAGGCGGUGGCCAUCGCUGCCUCUGGGCGAGAGGCUGGCCUCAUGAGGGCGGAGGCCGAGGAGCGACGGCGCGCGGAAGGCCCGAUGGAGAAAGACGAAUCAGGAGACCAGGCGGACGGCGGCCGCGCGAGGGAGAGUGCGAGGGAGGAGAAAAGGAGAGAUCCCUCGGCGUCAGAGUCGGAAAUCUCCGCGUAUUCCUGUUCCUUGGCUUCACCGGAUCCGAGUGCAGGCGUGACCGUCGGUGUCUCUUCUGCGGGUCCUCUGGCAACCGACGUGGAAAUGAUGGAGACAGAAGCCCCACAGAGACAGAGGUCUUUCGAGAGGACUCUAAACACCCGACUGGAAGGCGAGUCUCUGCUGCCUACUCUUUCAACUUCUCCCGCGAAAGAAGUGAAUCGUCCGAGCGGUGCAACGACGUCUGUCGUCGCGUCCGUGAACGGGGGAAGGCUCGUUGCGUCUUCCGCCUCCCUCAAGGGUCGCGCCGUCGAAGAGGUCGUCAGUUCCGCAGAGGUCUCUGAAACGCAGAACUUGCUUUUUGGGCCUCUGGUGUCUCUCGUCGCGGAGAACUCGUCACCUCUUUUUUCUGCGAGUAUCUUGCGACCUUCGGGCAAGACCGAGAAGGACGGCGACAAGAAGGGACUCUGCUUUUCGCAGUCUGCCUGCGGGUGCCAAACGCCACCUGUCUCGCGUCUUCCCGGCGAACCGCGCCCGGAGGGCCGAAUGCGCGAGGAGGAGAUGGCGAGGAGGGAGGAGGCUGAGGGAGAGGAGACGCCAAGCGAGCCGGACGGAGUUCUUGCUUUGGCAGCGACGCCUCUGCUGCUGGGCCAUCUCGAGGCCGACCAGUCGGAGUUCGCUUUCGAUUUCGCGGCCUUCCUUUCUCCUGGGGUGUCUCGUGAGGAGGCGGCGAGCCGCCUGGAGGCGCUCGCGAGGGCCGACGGCCGCGCCGCGUCGCUGGUCUCCCAGAACCCCCUGGUCAAGCAGUUUGUCUCCGACCUCGGCCUGUUCAAGUCCCAGGCGACGGUGCGGCCGACGAAGAAGAAGAAGGCGUCUCCCUUGGAGAAGGCGAGUGCAUUGUCUCUCGACCGCUUUCUCUCCAGCGAGGUGUGCAGAGCCCUGCAGGCGGUGCAGCGCGUCUCCGAAGCGACACCGGCGUCGCGGCUCAAGCAGCUGGCGUUCUAUCGCCACACGGCGAGGAUCCUCGAGUCUCUGCUCUCCUUCUCGGCUUCGUCUCUGGGGCAAGCCCCCGCUUCCUGGGAACAGCCUCACGGCCUCGCCGCCUUCCUUCUCGCGCUUCAACUCCUGAUGCUCGGAGAUCCACAGACCCUCGGGAAGGCUCUGGAGCCUGUCUACUCCCGCGUGGUUGCGGCGGCUGCCCUCCUCCUGCCGGGCAUCGGAACGCGGCAGCUGUCUCCUCCCCACACCGGCGCGGAAGGCUUGCGGGGUCCCGAGGCCGAGAAGAAGCUCGACGGCGACGCCGAGAGAAGAGAGGGCGAGACGAAGCCCGACGUGGAAGGGGAGAGACACCGGGUAGAGAAACACGAGAGCGAGAGACGCGAGGGAGAGAAGGAAGUCGGCGAGUGCGGGGAAGAAGAGGCGUCGAACGAGAAGAUCGCGAGAGAGAAGAGAGCGCAAGUCGAGGGCGAGGAGACAGGCGCCAUCGGAAGCGAGAACAAGUCUGCGUCGAAGGGGAAGAGGGACGACGCGAAAGCGAAGGACGGCUCUGCUGAAAUCUCGAGACGCGAGGAAGACACAGCAGAUGGAGAGCUCGCAAAUGCCGAACGCAUUCGCCUCGCCGGUUGGGCGAAGCUGAAGGAACACAGCACCCAACUCAGUCCGCAUCUUGAAACCGGCAUUGCAUGCGUCAAGGCCUUCACUGCCCUCGUGGCUCUGCUGCCGCCCCCUCCCUCGCCUUCUCUCUUUGCUUCUUCGUCUUCUCUCCUCUACCGAGAUGCCCCGCAGUCUUCUUGGCUGGCCCUGUCCUUCGUUUCCGCAGUUGCUCGUUUCUUGAAAUCUCUCCAAGAAAUUUCUAAAACGCGCAUUCCCCGCGUUCUCCAGUGCGCCCCAGGCCUCCACUUUCUUCAGGCUGUCGCCGAGUUCGCAUCCCAGAUGCUCCUCUUCCGCCAGACGGCUAUCUACGCGCACCUCGAAAUUUUCCUCGCGGUUGCUUCCGCCGUUCUGGAGCUCGAAAUUUCCGUGCCGUCAAUCCAGCUCCCGCGGAUCCUCAUCAAAGCUUGCCUCGCAGUGAUUUAUCUGACAGCCGACGGUCCGGCGGAGGCUCUCUGUGAAGUCCUCGAGUGCGUCGGCAAGCCAUGCGGAAGGGAGACGCAGGAGACAUCGACGCGCCAGCGCCAAGGCAGGAAGCGUCCCUCGCCUGCCGCCGUCGAAGCCGCUGCGAAACUCUUCAUUGCGCCGCUUCUCCGUUUCCUCCAAUUCCGGAUGCACCGUACCGUGAGGCUCCAGUGUCAGAGCCAGCUGGCUGAUCCGCUGGCGCCGUCGACGGCGCUCUUCGAGGCAGAGGCGAAUCGCCGGCUAGUGUCUCCGUUGUGUCCGAGUCCGUUCGCGACGGUGAUUCCUCACUUCUUCGUUUCUGCCUGUCCCAAGGGCUCCGUGUCUCUGGAGAAGAGCCGGGGAGGCUGGGCCUAUUCACACUACAUUGGCGCAAUUGACGAGAUCCCGGACGCAGCGUGGCAGGCAACCAAGGCGCCGCCUUCCAAGCCUGGAGAGCCGUCUGGCGAGCCCAAGGCGACCGCGCAGGCUUCUCCGGCUGCUCUGUCGGCCUUGACCUCGCGCCCCGACGACGCGGACUCAGCACCCCAGGGGCCUUUUUUCACCGCGCCGAGGGUCCCGCUGGGGGAGGAGAGCGCCACGCCGGGUCUCUUACCUCUCUCUGAGGGGGAGGAACGCGAGGGAUGGAAAAGGCGAGCGGGUACGGAGGACGACGACUGCGAGACGGAGGCGUACAGACGGUCGGCGCAAGUGAUCGCGGAGUGCGCGUUUCCGUUCGUCGUCCCCGACGCCGCCAGGGCGCGAGACGAAGAGAAGGAGACUCCGAAGACUCGCGCCUUGCGGACAGAGGCCGUUGGAAGGAAAACCGAAGAUACGCCUACUGGAAAGAAGGGGAGCGGCGAGGGCAUUGGCGCCGUCGCGAUUUUCCUUGGCCAGGGAAAACUCGACUCGGACGCCAGUUCCGGAAAAAUGCCCCGACCCCGCGACGUGGGCGGCGGACCCCCGAGCCGAACUCGUCAGGGCCCUGGAACCUGCGAGGCGGAGCCGGCCGAGCGGGCGGGCGCGACCGUGCUUGGAAAGGAUCCACUGCCGGCGCUGUCGUCUCUGUUGCCCGGAGAGAAAGAACGUGAAGAGGAGCCGUCGCCUACCAGCUCCUCUCACUCCGCACUGGAGAAGAAACGGGAUGACGGAAGCGACGUCGAGGGGCGCGAAGACGACCGCGAGGAGACCUCUGGGCCGUCGCCCCUGUUUGGGCAAGACGAGACGCACGGAGCGCCUCAGCCUUCGAACCGGGACGAUGAAGACAGAGGGGCGUCGGCCAACGCCUUCUACGCGAACGCGUCAGGGUACUACCCCUCCGGGCCUCCAAGUCAGGGCGAUCCCGCCGGGGGCGCGUCCUAUCCAUUCUACUACGCUUCUUCGGAGCCGCACGGCCCCUCGGCUCCAGGCAUGUGGCAGACUGCGCCGAUCGGGGGCAGUCCCCAGGGUCCCGGGAUGUACCCUGGGUCGUCGUUCGGGCCUCAGGGCUUCGCUGCUCAGGCGCAGGUCGCGAAUCGAGUCAAUCCGCAGGGGCAGUGGAUGGGCAUGCACCCUUCCUCGCAACACUACGCGAGCUCGUACUUCCCGGAGAACUACUACUCUUCCUCUUCCUCCUGGCGCCAGCAACAGUGGCUGCAAUGGCAGCACGAGCAGCAGCGCGCAGUCGCCCGCCAGGUCUGUGGGGCGGGGUCUGCAGGGUCUGGCGGCGGAGACAGUCCAUUCUUCCCUUCGGCGUAUCCACACAUGGUGCAGGGACAGCCGCCUGUGCAGAACUGGGGCGGAAACGCGUACCAGGGUGGCUGGCAGCCGGGCCAAGGCGAGAGCCGGGAUAUCCCGUUCUUCGACGUCAACAGCGCCGGUGCACCCGCGCUCGGGGCCCCAGGAAGCCAACAGGGCGCCGGAGGGGUCGCCGCAGGGGCCCGCGUCGGGAACGAGGGCGAAGAGCCCCAAAACGCUUGGCCCACCCCACACAUGCAAGGCAGCCAAGAGGCCGGCGCCGUGGGGCGGAGCGAGGACCCGCCGGAAGCGACUCGAGGUCCGCCAGCUCACCGGACUUCCCACCCUGGAGUUGCGCCCUUCGAGGCGAGGCCUCGAGACGGCGAGUGUCCAACUUACCCCCGCGAGAUGGGAGGUCCCCAUGGCCCCGACGCCAGACCGUCGCACCCGAGCCUCGCUCAAAUGUCUCCUGGCUACACUCCUGCGUCGGGCCAAGCCCCCGUCGCUUCUUUUCUCCCGUCGGCGCCCUUCGGAGCGUCCCAGGACCGCGCCCAGAUGUACGGCGGGGCUGGGGCUCCGGGCCAGGAGGCCCCGAGGCCCGAGGCGUAUGGGUCUGGGGACCCGGGGACCCUGGGAGGCGCCUCGCAGGGCGACGGCGCGCAUGCGGCUCUGCGAGACGAUGCCAGCUGCGCACACGGUCUCCUUCGGGAGAGUGGGGAAAAGGAAGAGACACGAAACGAGCGCGAAGAACGAGAAGGGAAGGGCGGGUGUCGCUCGGGGUCCCCGACCUCUCCCGGCGCAGACGGCGCGGGAGCCUCUAAGGCGCCGCCCCGGCCUGCGGCAGUGCAUGCGGCUUCCCCAACUGGAACGAAGAAGAAGAUGAAGAAGGAAGACCUCAAGGCAGGGGUCACAGACAGCCUGUCUGCUGCUGCUGUCGCUGCCGCGGUUGCCUUUGGAGACGAAGAGGCCAAAGUCGAUGAAGACGUUUCCGUGGGUGUCAGUGCCCUUCUUCUUCUUGCCUCCAACUCGCUCACUCUGCCUCUCCUCAGGCCGCAUCUGCCGACCAUAACUGAGCUGGCGUGGUACAAGACGACGGCAAGCAGUUGUCUGUUCUCCGUAGUGCAGGAAUUGCUUUCUUGUUUCCGCGAUGCCCCGCCAGUUCACUUGAGAGGCUUUCAUGACGGCGCGGCUUACUUUCCUUCGUGUGUGAAAGAAGCGACAGGGACAGCAGACGCAGCGAACGAAGCAGCAAGGAAGGCGCGCAUCUCGGAAGAAUUCGCCAAGCUGGGCAACUCCCAGCAUCUGCUUUGCGUACGCAAAGUCGGACAAGCGGGAAAGCUGCUGAGUGUGCCAGAGAUCAUCGAGAUGCGGGGGUGAUCUGUCUCUUCGGUGGGCCUUUCAGCACCAGAGAGAGAGAUGGAGAAAAACGGAGAAAGCAAGGCGUCUCUGUGUCCUCAGUAGCUCGAGAGAACGUGUCUUUUGCCACUCGGGAAGUGAGGGGAUUUGCGGUGCGAGGCGUUAGGAAGCAUGCAUGUCUUCAGAAAAAAGCCUGGGGAGUUUGCCGUCGCGGCAUGUCGCGUUCGUCGGGAUUGGUUGAGAGACUGCGACGCUGGUCAGUCUUUCUUUGUGCGCUUGGUUUCAAAAAGCUGCGAAGUGCAAAGGUUGGGCCGCUCUACAGCAUAUACGCAGCGUUUGCUGCUUCUCGUCCCUAAAUCCUUGCAAAGGCUGUCGGACUCCAACUUUUUUCUCUGCUGCGUUCGGCGUUCUCUCCUAGCGUCUGUGGCGUGGUCUGUCGCUAUUCCCUUCCGGAGGAGUGCGUGGUUUUUCAUUUUUCUCUGCUUUUUGGAGUCCGGUUCUCGAUCUUUCUCCAUUUCUUGAUUCUCCCCUGUUUCUCGCAUGUCGCGAGACUCCUCGCCGAAUUGUGCGAUGGUAGAAACACGGAGAAAUGAGAUUCUUUGUUUUUUAGUCCAGAGACGCAGAAAAGUAAAGACAGUCUUGUUUACCGGAUCCAGCUUCGGUUGGGCUAAAAGUUAAAAUGGCCAUUCCGGUAGAAAAAAGAACACACCUGAGCAGACAAAAACUUGCAGAUCUGCGGGAAAUAUCAAGACAAGCAUUCUCAAACGUAUCC